CGCUCCGGGAGCCGAGGGGGGCGGGGGGAGCUGCGCCGCGGGCGCCGCCGCCUCCACCGCCUGGGACGCAGGGGUGGGGGACGGACGAGCCCCGAUGCCGGGGGAGACGGAGGAGCCGCGAUCCCCGGAGCAACAGGACCAGGAAGGGGGCCCGGCAGCGGCGUCCGACGCGGCUUCCGAGGAGGUCCGGCCCGGCGCGGCGGCGGCGGCGGCGCCUGCAGAGACCGCGAGCAGCCGCGUGCUGAGGGGAGGUCGGGACCGCGGCCGGACCGCUGCGGCCGCCGCCGCCGCCGCCGCUGUGUCCCGCCGGAGAAAGGCCGAGUAUCCCCGCCGGCGGAGGAGCAGCCCCAGCAACAGGCCUCCCGACGGCCCCGGGCAUCAGCCCGCGGCCGCGAAGCCCCCAUCUCCUGCUCAGGGCAAGAAGAGUCCGCGACUCCAGUGUAUAGAAAAAAUAACAACUGAUAAAGAUCCCAAGGAAGAGAAAGAAGAUGAUUCUGUCCUCCCUCAGGAAGUUUCCAUUACUACGACUAGACCUAGCCGGAGCUGGCGCAGUAGUAGCAGGACCUCUAUCUCUCGCCUUCGAGACAGUGAGAAUACUCGGAGCUCUAGGUCCAAAACUGGCUCUUUGCAACUCGUCUGCAAGACAGAACCAAUUACAGAUCAACUUGAUUAUGAUGUUCCAGAAGAACAUCAGUCUCCCGGUGGCAUUAGUAGUGAUGAGGAAGAGGAGGAGGAAGAAAUGUUAAUCAGUGAAGAGGAAAUACCAUUCAAAGAUGACCCAAGAGAUGAGACUUACAAGCCCCACCUUGAAAGGGAAACUCCAAAGCCACGGAGAAAAUCAGGGAAGGUGAAAGAAGAGAAAGAAAAGAAAGAAAUUAAAGUGGAAGUAGAAGUAGAGGUGAAAGAAGAAGAGAAUGAAAUUAGGGAAGAUGAGGAGCCUCCUAGGAAGAGAGGGAGAAGGCGAAAAGAUGACAAAAGUCCGCGGUUACCCAAAAGGAGAAAAAAGCCUCCAAUCCAGUAUGUCCGUUGUGAGAUGGAAGGAUGUGGGACUGUUCUUGCUCACCCUCGCUAUUUGCAGCACCACAUUAAAUACCAGCAUUUGCUGAAAAAAAAAUAUGUAUGUCCCCAUCCCUCCUGUGGACGACUCUUCAGGCUCCAGAAACAACUUUUACGACAUGCGAAGCAUCAUACAGACCAGAGGGAUUAUAUCUGUGAAUAUUGUGCUCGGGCCUUCAAGAGUUCCCACAAUCUGGCAGUACACCGGAUGAUUCAUACGGGCGAGAAGCCAUUACAAUGUGAGAUCUGUGGAUUUACUUGUCGACAAAAAGCAUCUCUUAAUUGGCACAUGAAGAAACAUGAUGCAGACUCCUUCUACCAGUUUUCUUGCAAUAUCUGUGGCAAAAAAUUUGAGAAGAAGGACAGUGUAGUGGCACACAAAGCAAAAAGCCACCCUGAGGUGCUGAUUGCAGAAGCUCUGGCAGCCAAUGCAGGCGCCCUCAUCACCAGCACGGAUAUCUUGGGCACUAACCCAGAGCCCCUGACACAACCUGCAGAUGGUCAGGGGCUUCCUCUUCUUCCUGAGCCCUUGGGAAACUCAACAUCUGGAGAGUGCCUCCUGCUAGAAGCUGAAGGGAUGUCAAAGUCAUACUGCAGUGGGACAGAACGGGUGAGCCUUAUGGCUGACGGGAAGAUCUUUGUGGGAAGUGGCAGCAGUGGGGGCACUGAAGGGCUGGUCAUGAACUCGGAUAUACUCGGUGCUACCACAGAGGUUCUGAUUGAAGAUACAGACUCUACUGGACCCUAGUGCAAAGGAAGACUUUGGGCACUGGGACAGUGCAGACUUUGUAUUUAAAAGAAAAAAAGGACAAAAAAAAAAUUUAAAGCAUUUAAAAAUCUAGUAAAAUAACUGAAGGGCCUGCUCUUUGCAUUGUGGAUCACAACACACACACACACACACACACACACACACACACACACACACACACACACACAAAAUCCCAUCCCCAUUCCCUGAACUCUCUUUCCUCAUCCUUAAAAUACUGAUGUAGCCUUUACCAGAAAGGUUGAUGAAAAAGCAGCAACAUACUAGGUUCCAGCCAGCAGCAGACUUCCUUGCUCAUUGGCAGAUCUCCUUUUUCCUAACCUAUAACUUUGAUGUGCUCUGGAUCAGCUUUGAACUCAGUAUAUUACUAUCAUCUAAAUCUUUUCUCCUCUACUACUGCCCUAUGGCUCUGGCUUCUCCCCACUGCAACAACCAACACUUACCCUCAAAUAUUAUAGAAUUCUAUUUUCUGGAGGCUGGCAGCUUGACUUGGCACUUUAAGGCCCCUUGGCAGGAUGCUGUUAAAACAGCACACAUCUCUCACCCCUCUUCCAUUACUCACUGGGUUUGGGGAAGGAAGGAUACAUGGGGACCACCUCCCUCCCUUUCAAUGGAUCCCAGCACCUCAGUCCCCCCCACUCCUGAACCUCCAUAAUGCUCUUAAUGGUGCUCACUUGCUUGGAAGCAGGCUCCCAAGAGAAAGGGGACUGCCCUCUGUACAGUCUUUCUGGCUGUAAGAUAGGGCUCUAUGUCAGAAAAGUCCCAGGCUAAUGGCAGAAAUUUGCACUUUGAACAUGUGUGUUUUUGUGUUGUGGAACCUGAGAUUCCUUAUUUAUUAAUGGAAAGUCUGAUUUUUUUUGGGGGGAGGGUCUUUGUUGCUAUGUUUUGUGGGGCUGGGAGAGUAGAUUAUUCUGACAUGGGAUCCUUCCUACAAGAGGUACUUUGAAGGCAAGGCUUAGAGUUAAAGAAGCACAGCCAGCCUCUAAAAUCAUAGUUCUCCAGUGGCCUUUAAAGAAAGCUGGUCCUCAGCACUAACAGAAUCACUACAAUAGCCUAGUGCUUUUUUGGAAGCCUUAGGGAAGUUUGAUAGGUUUGUGGUAGCUAGUGUGCUCUUUGAGAUUUUUAAGAGCAUUUGAGAUUCAAGAAUUUUGAGGGGAUGAGGAAUGUUGGUCAAGGUCUGAAUCACACAUAAAAGAUUUUCUUCUGUGAAUUUAUCUUCUCUUGUCUUCACCAUUUCUUUGCAUAUAUAUCCCUGCUGGCACCUUGUUUUGAUUUUGGUUUUUGUUUUGUUAUUGGUCAUUCCAGCUCUCAGUGGAAGACCAAACCCUGUCAUUCAUGAAGGAACAAAAUCUAAAAGUUCUAGAGAUUUGGUUAAGAGUAAACUGUUCUCUCUUAUCUCCUCCUAAGAGAUAAAGCUUCCGUAGACAAAAACAAAAGUGAAAAUCUAUACAAUAAUGGUUUGUUUUUGGUUUUUUUGUUUUGUUUUGGUUUUUGCUUUUCCUGGAAUUAUCUGUUUUCCUCCAAGUAGAGAUUUUAAUGCUUUGUGGAUUGUUUACUGUCAUUGGGAGACACGGAUCGUGUUUUUACAUGCUUAUACCUCUCAGAAGACUAAAACCCUAAUUCAGCUCAUUUUAUGAAAAUUAGAAGUGCAGUUCUUCCCUGUGUACUUCAGAAUCAGCCAUUGAAGACUUGGCCAGUUGUUGUCAGAAAUACAUGAUGACUAUUGGGGAAAAAUAAGAGUCUGACAGAACAAAAUAAGGAACAGCUUGUUUUUCACAAACACUAAAACUAUGGAGUUUAUCGAAUUUUCUCUGCUUGGUUUUUUUUUUUUUUUUUUU